UAGUCUAGUCGCGUAGUGUUCUGGAUUCGGUUUUGAACGACGGCGACGGGCGGGAGUGUGUCUGUAGACUGGACUGGACUCAAUCAGCACAGCAGUGUUGUGGUGCCACAAUGGCGACAGACAUUGUUGCGCAGUUGGCCGACUCUCUGGCCAAAACUGGAGUUGAGGAUGGGGAGCUGAGUUACAAAGGGCAGGGAAGAAAGCUGAAUGAUGCCCAAUCAGUGGAGGAGAUCGUGAAGGAGAUUCAGGACUUUGAGGGUUUACAUGCUCUGAGAUUGGAAGGUAACACUGUUGGUGUGGAAGCAGCACAAGCCAUCGCUAAGGCCUUGGAGACAAAGAGCGAGUUCAAGCGCUGUUAUUGGAGUGAUAUGUUCACAGGUCGCCUGCGAUCUGAGAUACCACCUGCCCUGAAUGCGCUGGGUGAUGCUGUGAUGCUGGCAGGUGCCAGGCUUACUGUCAUAGACCUCAGUGACAACGCCUUUGGACCAGAUGGGGUGAGGGGCAUCGAGAAGUUGCUCAAGAGUACUGCCUGCUACACGUUGGAGGAGUUACGGCUCAACAACUGCGGCAUGGGCAUUGGUGGUGGCAAAAUCUUGGCAGCUUCAUUGAUGCAGUGCCAUAAAAAAUCCAGCUCAGACGGCGCCCCACUCAGCCUGAAGGUGUUCAUCGCAGGAAGGAACCGAUUGGAAAAUGAUGGGGCCACUGCUCUCGCUCAAGCCUUCCAGUUAAUGGGCAGCCUAGAGGAGGUUCAUAUGCCCCAGAAUGGCAUCAAUCACGCCGGUGUGACGGCUCUGGCCACAGCCAUGCAACACAACGCAGGACUUAAAAUUCUCAACCUCAAUGACAACACCUUUACUGAGAAGGGGGCUAUCGCCAUGGCUCAGGCCCUGAAACACCUCCACAACAUCCAGGUCAUAAACUUUGGUGACUGUCUGGUACGCCCAGCAGGAGCCAAAGCUAUUGCAGAAACUGUGUCAGAGGGGCUACCAAUCCUCAAGGAACUUAAUCUGUCGUACGGCGAGAUCACAGAGGAAGCCGCUCUGGCCGUGGCACAGGCCGUAAAAAACAAGAACCAGCUGGAGAAACUGGAUCUAAAUGGUAACUGUCUAGGAGAGGAUGGUUGCAAAGCUUUGAAAGACAUAAUGGAAGGCAUGAACAUGGCCCAGCUUCUGGGAUCACUCAGUGAUGAUGAGGGUGAGCCAGAAGAUGAUGACGACGAUGACGAAGAAGAUGAUGAGGAGGAGGAAGAAGACGACGACGAAGAUGAGGAAGACGUGGAUGAGGAGGAAAUAGAAGAGGAGGAGGAAGAGGAAGAGGAGGAAGAAGAAAGCAGCGGCAACAAGCUGUCCACCCCUGUAUCAGCAGCCCGACCGCCAGACGUCUCUUCCUUCCUCAGCUUUCCGUCCCCCGACAAACUGCUCAAGCUUGGGGCGAAGAGAGCGUUGCUGAUGGAGCAGCAGGUGGAUGUGACAGAUGCUACAAAAACAGCCGAAGCCUUCCUCAAGAUCGCCUCUGUGUACAAGGAGGAGAAUAAUGACGUUAAGAAUGCAGUGUUGGAGACUAUUGAUGCCGUUCUAAGGAAAGCAUUCACCACUCCUUCCUUCCAAGGCUACAGCUUUGUGUCUUCUUUGUUAGUGCUGCUUGGACUUAUUAAGAGCGAGGACAAGGUCAAGCCUGUGCUCGUGGUUCCCGGCCACCUCCAUGCCUUGGAGCACGUCGUUCGGCAGGACUACUUCCCCAAAGAGAGCGUGGCUGUGCUGGAAGCCUUCAUGUCCCGGUAAGGACGUGAUAGAAUGAGCCAAUCAGCAGACAGCAUCCAGGAACAACAAGGCCCUGGAGUUAUGUGGUUACACCAGAAAUAUCCUCCAGUCGACGCUGCAGAGAAUCAGAUCUGAGAGCUGAGGACUGUGGACACAUAGACUGAACUCUGACAGAUCACUGAUGGACCUCUGGAAAGCAGCACACAAACCCAAAUCUGAAGCAAGUUAAACAGAGCGGCAGCUUGAGAAAAACUGUCUUCUCUCAGGCUCACUCUGCUGUGCCGCUGCUGUUCAUACCUUUUCCUGGACUUUUGGACUUCACUUGAAUGCUUUGUGGUUGAAGUAGAAAAUGCUCUUAUGGUGUGAACUAGUUGAAGCCUUUUAAUUACACUCUUUUAAUCACAGGAAAGCACUGACAACCUGGGGUUCACCCCGUCUGUAUUCUGGCGGCUAAGAAAAGAUCUCACUCUCCUGGUUAGUGUCACCUGACUGCCUGGAGCACACAUUACACCUGGGUGCAAACUAGAAAAACUCUAACCAGGAAUAAUCUGGACUUGAAACCGUUAUUGUGCUUUUUCUAUUUAAUAUUCUCUUGUUUUAUAUUGAAUGUUUAUUAAGUUCACAAAUAUGGUCAAUGAAUGAUGUUCAAAUAAAAAUAUCUGACAGAUAAAUAAGACUUUAAAAUAGAACAAUAGAAGGGAUUGAAUGAAUUGAAAUGUAUUUUCUGCUUUAAUGAUUUGUGUUGGGAAAAUAAAGUUCAUUUGAGUGUU